AUGGACAAUAUUACGCCAGACCAAUGGCAGGCGAUUGUGAACAAAAAGCUUAAUUUCCCCCCGGAGCUGAUAGCAGCCAUUCAGGAAGACAACGCAAUUCUGGUGGGCAGCCUGCUGUCCACAGGGGACGGCAUCAUCCGCCAGCUGGAUGAGUCUGAGGACCGUCUGUGGAGAGAAGCCCUGAACCUGUCCAUCCGCAUGGGCAAUGAGGACACUUUCUCCGCUCUGAUGCUGGGCGUCAAGUUUGACUUCAGGCAGAUCUACGAGGCGCUGCUGGUGGCGGUGGACACCAACCAGCCCCGGGUGGUCAAGAGGCUCCUGGACCGCCUGGACCAGGAAAAGGGCAACAAGAUGGAUGUGCGCUCAUUCUCCAUGGCCAUAUUUGACCACUCCAUUGAUGACUCCCAGUUUGCACCCGGAGUGACCCCGCUGACCCUGGCCUGUCAGAAGGACCUGUAUGACAUUGUCACCAUGUUGACUAAGAAGGGUCAUGCCAUCCCUCUGCCUCACUCUAUCUCCUGUACCUGUCUGGAGUGCCGGAACGGCCGUCAGUAUGACCUGCUGAAGUUCUCUCUGUCUCGUAUCAACACCUACCGGGGCAUGGCCAGCCGGGCAUACCUCUCCAUCACUACAGAGGAUGCCAUGCUCAGUGCCUUCAGACUCAGCCGGGAGCUACGCAAGCUCUCCAAGAAAGAACCUGAAUUUAAGCCCCAGUACCUGGCCCUGGAAGAGCUGUGUCAGGAGUUCGCAGUGGAGAUGCUGGCCAUGUGUCGCAACCAGAGUGAGGUCACAACGGUCCUGAACAUCUGUGAUGACGAUAAUGAAGAUGAACUGGACGAGCAGACCUUUGAGGAGGGGAUUCCAACCCUGUCACGCCUACGCCUUGCAGUCAAUUACAAUCAAAAACUGUUUGUGAGUCAUCCCAUCUGCCAGCAAGUGCUGUCGUCCAUUUGGUGUGGAAACAUCCCAGGGUGGCGGGGCAGCAAGACGGUCUGGAAGCUCACGGUGUCUCUUGGGAUCUUCUUCACCAUGCCUCUCCUCUGUAUGAUCUACUGGGUCGCUCCCAAGUCCAAGAUUGGAAAGACUUUGAAGAUACCUGUGAUCAAAUUCCUGCUGCACUCUGCCUCCUACCUGUGGUUCAUCAUCGCCCUUCUAGCUGAGUCUAUUUUCAUGGAGCUGUACCGCGAUGAGUUCGCAUCCCGGCAGCAAAACAUCCUCUACAACUCCCUCCAUAUGAUCUGGGUGGUCGGUUUCUUCUGGAGUGAGUGUAAGAAUGUGUGGGCGGAGGGUCUGAGGGGUUACAUCGUGGACUGGUCCAACAUUCUGGACAUGAUAGUACUCAGCAUGUACUUGGCUUCCUUCAGUCUGAGAGUCCUCAUCAUGGCAAUUGGUCAUUUUGUUUGCCAAGACCAAAACUUGGUUGAGAAGUGUGCCUACUUCACCCAAACAGUGCGGGAUGAAUGGUGGCAGGAGGACCCUCAGCUGAUCUCAGAGAUUCUGUUCGCUGUGACCAGCAUGCUCAGCUUCACCCGACUGGCCUACAUCCUGCCUGCCCAUGAGUCUCUGGGUACUCUACAGAUCUCCAUUGGUAUAAUGAUAGAUGACAUGAUGAGGUUCAUGUUUCUCUUGAUGAUCAUUGGAACAGCUUUUCUCUGUGGACUGAAUAAUAUCUACGUGCCCUACGCAGCUUCUCCACAUCUUGGACGCUUCAAUGAAACCUUCAGCUUUCUCUUCUGGACCAUGUUUGGUGCAUCUAAUCAAGGCUAUGUGGACAUGCCAGAUUUUGUCCUGGCUCAGUUUGUGGGCAGGGUCCUGUAUGGGGUCUUCACUCUCGUCAUUGUCAUUAUCCUGCUCAAUAUGCUUAUCGCCAUGAUCACUAAUUCAUUCCAGAAGAUAGAGGAUGAUGCUGAUGUUGAAUGGAAGUUUGCUCGUUCAAAGCUCUACUUGAGUUACUUCAGAGAGGGCUCCACUAUACCUGUACCCUUCAACCUCGUCCCCUCUCCAAAGGCCUUGUUCUACUUACUGAGGGGCUUUUUCUGUUGCUGCAACCGAAAGAAAAUUCCAGACUAUCCUCCUAUUGCCUCUAUGUCCAACAGUACAAUGAACAACAGUGGAGAGGCAGGGAUGGACCGAGUGUCAUAUCGCCUGCAGGUGGUCAAGGCGCUGGUACAGCGCUACAUAGAAGCAGCCCGCAGGGAGUUUGGAGAGGCGACACGUAAAGAUGUGGGGAACAGGAUCACAGAGCUGAACAAGGGGGUGGGGAGACUUCACUCUGAUAUGAAGACGUUCUAUCAGAACCUGCAGAACAGCAAGUCCUUCGGCUCAAAGGGCGAUGGAGGCAACUUCCUGGGCAAGUACAUAAAAGGAGCAAAGAACAACUUUAAGAACUUUGAUAAAAAUGAGGCAAUGGGGAAUAGCCCAGACGUGUACGAGUCAAUCUGCACCUCGUAGGGGUGGUGGAGGAGGGGAAGAAAGAGGAGGGGAAAACAGAAAUGAUCCCAGGAGGUGUUUACAGAGAAAAACACCCCCACAAACAACAGUGAGAGCUCCCCAGACAUCAGCCCUGAGUCCCAUAGUGGGCAGGAGUUCCUGGAGAGAGAAACAGAGAGUACCUGCACACAGGGAACAGUGGAAGAAAACACUAGCAUCAUAUAGUGAUGUAAUCCCUGCCUGAUAGCUUUCUGUAAAUAUUCACAACAGCUAUGCUUGCUUAUUAUGUAAGU